ACUGCUGCUUGUUGCACGAAAAUAAAGGGAUUUCUAUUAGACUAACAUCCACCCAAAUGUAUUGUGCAAACAGUGAGUCAUUGAUUGAGUGCUGGCUGCAGGAGGUCCCGUGCUGUCAUGCUGGGUGGGGUCUGCAGGUAAUUGAUGCUGACAGUCACUUGGCGCUUGGGACCUGGCAAGUUCCACCUCUCCGCCUCUCCUCCCCAAGACUCGCCGGGCAAAACCUGUCUGAAGGUGUGCCUGAAGACUGAUUUGUGAGGAAUUACUGAGCGUGAGCACUAUGCCGGAGCCGCAGAAAACCGAGAAGUACGUGCUGCUGGACGAUGAUUCGGACUGUGAGACGGAGGAGUUCAACAAGAUGAAGAUGUCCCUGAUGGACAGUCGCUCAGUGAAGAACGGGAGAAAAUAUACUGCAAGUAAAGCUGGCAGAUGUUCUGCUUGGUGUCAGCCACAGUGGAUUUGUCAUAGUUUGUUCAUCUUUAUCCUCCUCGCAUCUCAAGUAUUUUUGUUUCUCUGUAUACUGAGGCAGCAUUGGGAAAUAGAGAUGAUAAAGCUGGAGCGAACCAUGGAAGCCAGUCAACAAAUUGACAAAAAGCUUCAUGGUGAAGGCAACAAAGUGGAUGGAAAUGCAAACUUAAAAUACAAACUUGAGGAUCCAUAUAAGAAGUUUGAAGAGAUUAAAGGCUCCAUUUCGCAAGGCAGAACUUCAAAAAAUGGGGCCCCAACCAGAAGACCAGAGUACAAUGUGCUGGAAAUACAGGCACUGGACAAGAGGAUUAACAUCAUUCAAGAGAGUAUUAUUCACUUCAAAGAAAAUCUGAAUUCACUGCAGGCUAGAUGUGAAGAAUCAAAUGACUGGGUAGAAAACAAGCCAACUGGUAACCAGGACCUGUCUAGGCUUUAUAAACUUAUGCACAAACUGAAUGGAUCUACUGUCUCCAGUCUGCUAGUAAUGAAGGAUGAAAUUCAUGAGCUUCGCAACCUAACAUUUGAUCUCUCUUACAAGUUCAGAACUAUGGAAAUAAGUCUGAAUUCUCUAACAGAGAGAACAAACACACAGACCACUGAGUUGGAUCAGUUUGAAGAAUCACUGGAAAGAUUGCUCAAUAUUUCAGAAAAUUUGAAAUCUCACCAAGGUCAACUGGAGCAGAACUUGGAUAGCAAUUACCGACAGAUCUCUCUGCUGAGGGAAAUGGUUUAUCAAAGUGAAGAUGCUUUGAAUCGCACGGAUCAACCGGUAUCAACCAUGGUCCACCUUCAAGCAGAAAGAACCACUGACUCAUCUCAGCAGCAGGACAGCAGCAAAACCACAUCAUCGAUGAGUCAAGAGGAUGAUGUAAAAUCAGAAAACUAUACACCAACCACAGAAGGAACCAUGCCUACAACUACAACCAGAAACAUAAUUUCGAUUCCUUCAAUAACAAAUCUGAAAGCACUCCGUUCCUUCUUCUAUGCAGCAGACUGGACUGGGCGUGGGUACUUGACAUACGAGGACCUAGUGAAUAACCUUGGAAUAUGGGCACCACCAGAACAAAAAAUUAAAGAGUUUGAUGAAAAUAAUGAUGGCAGAUUCUCCUAUAUGGAAAUGAUAAAUGCUUUAGGACUGCAAGGGUAAAGCUAAGAAAUCACUGUGCUCAAGGACAGAUAUCCAUGAAAUUAUUACUUAUUGCUGCUUCAAACCAGACUAACAACCACAUCAAAGAUCUUUCUUUAAAUUAGAGAUGGUGAUAAUUGUCACCAAACAUGGAAUGGUAUACUUUGUUAUAAAUACUAUUUAGUAUGGAAAAAUCAUUAUUUGCUGGUACUUUGUCCAGCAUUUUUUUUGCAGUUAUAGGUUUAAAAUACAGCACUGAGUGGUUCAUCUAUUUAGUUUAGCAUGCAUGCUUUAAUAUGGACAAUUUCAAACAUUUCACAAAAUUGUAUAAUGUAAAAAUUAACAGUUCUGACAAGAAAUGCAAUGAAAGUAAUUGUUUCCUAGAAUAAAACAAAACAUUUGAAAAUA